UACUUGGUUGUACGUAACCUUAUAUAAUGGCAGACAUAGAGGCAAUUCGAGAAGCUCGGAGACGAAGGAUACUGCAGGCUUCAGAAAUUCGUAUAAAUCGUGUUCUAGGACAACCUGCUGACGAAAAUGAAGAACUUGUCAUUUACCCCAAACGAACAGCCAGGCCAGAACAUCCAAAGAACCAUGGAGAAAAUACAGAAUUUAACAGUACACAAGAGGACCGUAAUACAGCUGCUGAUAGCCUAGAUAAAGAGAAGCAUAGAAGCACAGUAAAAAUAACACCUAUUAAACGAAAUGUCUCGACACAGAACACUUCUGUCUCACAAAAUGAUUCUCUAAACACUAGUCGCAGCAGUUCUGAUGCUAAAAUGAUCCUGAAACAUUUUGAAUUUUUGCGAAUUGUUUUAUCUGUGAUGGUUGCUUACCUGUGUAGAAGGGUACUAUCGACUGGUUAUGGAGUAUUCUAUUUUCAGUCAAUUAUCAUUCCCUUCGCCUUAAUGGAAGCUGGGUUUUUUAUGUUCAAACAUAAGGUUUUACAUAACGUGACUCUACCACACAAAUCCUCCAUGCUGAUAGGUGUACUCAUGCUGUGUGGCAUAAAGCCUGAGGUAGUUCACCUGUACAACCAGAUCAUGGGAUACCUUACUGCUGCUUCGGAAGACUUUGCCAUGUUCUUCUUUGCUUUUCUUAUGGCUAACAUAUUUAUUGCAUAGAUCCUGCUUGACUCAUGUUUCACACCUACCGGUAGUUGCAUUUCAUUGAAUGAGAUCUGAUUUAAGGGUUUUGUGUAGCAUUAUUUGAACAUGUUCUAUCCAUUCAAAGCCUGCAAUGUCUUGCAGCCUUUAUUUGCAAAGGCUCAUUCUCUGAGAAAGUCCCAAAACCAGUAGUGCCUAGAAGGUAUGAUUAAAUGUUUCUAUUACUGGCCUAAAUUAAAAGUAACUGGCCAGUUAACUAUAAAUUAUUAUUUCCUUGACCAUAUAUUUUAUUAGACAGAGGGUUCUAGACAGUAUGUGUGGACUUUGUGCAGUUUUACUGGUUUUGUCCUAGGGUUUAUUGACUUGACAGUGAUAAUGACCACUCACUUUUAUAGAAAAUACACCAUUAAUUUUCUUCCUGACAAGUGAAAUCCUUAGGGUUCUAGUAAUUGCUAGAAUGGUUUAUGUUAAAUUCUUAUUUUUUUUAAUGUAUUGGCAUCUUUCAGUGUGUUCAAACAAGUUAAUAUUUUUAUUGUGUAAUGAAUUUCAAUAGAAAACCGUCUUCCAAAUGUCUUGAGGUAUUCAACUCAUGCAGAAGACACUGUACCUUUGACAACUAGGAAAAAUACUGGAGGUGCGAUUUCCAAUAUUACCAUAAUUUCAGUCUGGUAAAGCAAGGUUAAUUAAGAAAAAAUAAUUCCAAUAAAAGGGAAACAUAUUGAAAAAUUUAGUUUGCAAGCCCAUUUGAUAUUUUUAAGGAUUAAAGUGUAAUAAUUAUCUAUAUUAAUCAUAACAUUGUUUAAGCAUUUUUUAAAUUGGAAAUUUGAACCCCCAAACAUUUAAAUAUCUGAAGACAUACACAAAUAUAUGUGUCCUUUCAAUAACUGUUUAAUCAGGUAGGGUAGUAUCUAAUGAGGUCCUGUAACACCCAGAGGAAGUACAUUUUGUCAUGUAAUUAAUUCCUGUCUUUAUCAUGGGUUGGGUUUUGCAAUUGCGAUACUUUGGAUAAGGUAUGUAUCGGUAAUAAAAAGAAAUCAUGGACAACCUUUUUAAGCUCACCUGAUUGCUCAGGUGAGCUUUUGUGACCGGUCUUUGUCUGUUGUAUGUCCGUCCCUCCGUAAACAUUUGCUCAUAAACACUCUAGAGGCCACAUUUCUUGUCCCAUCUUCAUGAAACUUGGUCAGAAGCUUUGUCCCAAUGAAAUCUCGGCCGAGUUCGAAACUGGGUUGUGCCGGGUCAAAAACUAGGUCACUAGGUCAAAAAAAAGAAAAACCUUGUAAACACUGUAGUAGUCACAUUUAAUGCCAGAUCUUCAUGUUACUUUGUCAAAAUGUUUGUCUGAAUGAUAUCUUGGUUGAGUUUAAAAGUGGUUCCGAUCCGUUGAAAAACAUGGCCGCCAGUGGGCAUGGCAGUUUUCCUUAUUUGGCUUGAGAGAAACCUUGUAAACACUCUAGAAGUCACAAUUUUUGCCCAAUCAUCAUGAAAGUUGGUCAAAACAAGGGUUCAAUUGUUGUCCAAGACGAGUUCGAAAAUGGUCGAGAUCAGUGAAAAAACAUGGCCGCCAGUGGGCGGGGCAUUUUUCUCUAUAUGUAUAUAGUGGCAGUUUUCCCUAUUUGGCUAUAGAGAAACCUUGUAAACACUCUAGAAGUCACAAUUUUUGCCCAAUCAUCAUGAAAGUUGGUCAAAACAUUGGUUUUAUUGAUAUCUCAGACGAGUUUGAAAAUGGUCGGGAUUGGUGAAAAAACAUGGCCGCCAGUGGGUGGGGCAUUUUUCUCUAUAUGUAUAAAGUGAAAACAUGUGAACACAGUAGAAGUCACAUUUUUGGCCCAAUUUUCAUGAAAUUUCCUCAGAACAUUUGUUUCCUUGAUACGAAUGUUGAGUUCAAAAAUGGUUCCAGUCAGUUGAAUAACAUGGCUACUGGGAGGGGGGCAGUUUUCUUAUUAUGCCCCCCCCCCCCCCCCCCUUUCGAAGAAGAGGGGGAAUAUUGUUUUGCUCAUGUCGGUCCCUCUGUCUACCAGAUGGUUUCCGGAUGAUAACUCAAGAGCGCUUAUGCCAAGAAUCAUGAAACUUCAUAGGUACAUUGAUCAUGACUCGCAGAUGACCCUUAUUGAUUUUCAGGUCACUAGGUCAAAGGUCAAUGUCAUGAUGACCGGAAAUAUUUAAAUGGUUUCUGGAUGAUAACUCAAGAACACUUAUGCUUAGGAUCAUGAAACUUCAUAGAUACCUUGAUCAUGACUUGCAGAUUCCCCAUAUUGAUUUUCAGGUCACUAGGUCAAAGGUCAAGGUCACGGUGACCCAAAGCAGUAAAAUGGUUUCUGGAUGAUAACUCAAGAACGCUUAUGCCUAGGAUCAUAAAACUUCAUUGACAUAUUGAUCAUGACUCGCAGAUAACCCAUAUUGAUUUUCAGGUCACUAGGUCAAAGGUCAAGGUCACAAUGACCCGAAAUAGUAAAAUGGUUUCCGGAUGAUAGCUAAAAAAAGCUUAGUCCUAGGAUCAUGAAACUUCAUAGGUACAUUGAUCAUAACUCGUAGAUGACCCCUAUUGAUUUUCAGGUCACUGGGUCAAAGGUCAAGGUCACGAUGACCUGAAAUAGUAAAAUGAUUUCCGGAUGAUAACUCAAGAACGCUUAGGCCUAGUAUCAUGAAGCUUCAUAGGUACAUUGAUCAUGACUCUUAGAUGACCCCUAUUGAUUUUCAGAUCACUAGGUCAAAGGUCAAGGUCACGGUGACCCGAAAUAGUAAAAUGGUUUCCAGAUGAUAACUUAAGAACGCUUAUGCCUAGGAUCAUAAAACUUAAUGGGUACAUUGACAUGACUCGAAGAUGACCCCUAUUGAUUUUCAGGUCACUAGGUCAAAGGUCAAAGUCACGGUGACCUGAAAUAGUAAAAUGGUUUCUGGAUGAUAACUCAAGAAUGCUUAUGCCUUGGAUCAUGAAAUGUCAUAGGUACAACGAUCAUGGCUCGCAGAUGACCCCUAUUGAUUCUCAGGUCACUAGGUCAAAGGUCAAGGUCACGGUGACCUGAAAUAGUAAAAUGGUUUCUGGAUGAUAACUCAAGAAUGCUUAUGCCUAGGUUCAUGAAACUUCAUAGGUAUAUUGAUCUUGACUCGCAGAUGACCCUUAUUGAUUAUCCGGUCACUAUGUCAAAGGUCAAGGUCACAGUGCCAAAAAACGUAUUCACACAAUGGCUGUCAAGGUCGCGGUGACUCAACUUAGAAAAAUGGGGUUUCCGGAUGAUAACUCAAGAAUGCUUACGCCAAGGAUCAUGAAACUUCAUAGGUACAUUGAUCAUGACUCGCAGAUGAAAUGAUGAUGAAACUUGACGAGGAUGUUUGUCUGAACAAUAUUUAGGUCAAGUUUAACAUUUGGUAAAGAUUGAAUGAACCGACUCCUCUCAGAUGAGCCAACUAGGGCCAUCUUGGCCCUCUUGUAACCGAUUUAUGCCUAGGGUCUAGAAAAAAGGACAUGGCAAAUAGCGUAGACCCAGAUGAGACGCCGUAUGAUUCGGCGUCUCAUCAGGGUCUGCGCUGUUUGCUUAAAGGAAUUUCUGUAAGAAAUAUUCAAAAUAUAGAAAAAAUAUGCUAGACAUCCCUAAUUUUGGAAAUGAAUUGAUCCAAUUUAGAAGGAUGGGAGAGUCCAUUAGGCUUAAAUGGGUUAAUCUUGAACAGCAGAAAAACACCAGUUCUGAUUAUUUUUCUUUGUCAACUUUUAAAACUUACAUGAAAACAUAUAGAAAUAUAUAAAUGAGUCAGUGUAAAAGGCUUAAUAAUCACAUGGUGUGUUCAAUUUGUAAUACUCACGGCCAUUUUAUCCCUUGUUUUAUCCAUCACUUAGUAUGAUUAAUCUAUAAAUGUACUGAACAUGUUUUCCUUUGUGCAAUAUUUUUGAAACCAGAUGUAUGUGUUUGUUCGUCAUUUAUUAUCUAUCAUUGAAAUUUAACUUAUGUUGCAGAUAUUUUAAUUUGUUGGUGCUUAGUAUCAAUUAGUGAAUUAUUAUUUUUUAAACUGUUCUUCUAGAGGCAUUAAAUAAAAAAAUCAAUUCUUAUUUCCUAAACAAUUAAGCCUGUGAGUGUCAAAAGUAUUUUAAUUUACUGUAAGUUAGUUUAUUAUUAAAGUGGAAUGUUUUGUGUGCUUUUCUUAUCAUUCUAUUUAUAAAUUAUGAAUAUAUUGUGCAAAUAUAUAUUGUGAAAACAAUACAUGUACUACACAUGUUGGAGCACAAUUUUAAAAUAUACUGAUCUAUGACAAAUGACUGUUAAGGAAACAUUCUACAAAAAGUCACUUAUCAGCAGCAUUCAAUUGUGUAAAGAACCCUUUGGUUUGAUUUGUCUUCCUUGUGUGUUAUACAAAUAAAGUUGGUGUUUGACGUAAUUGACUGCAAGGACAAUUUUACAAAAAGUAAUAUCACCAGCAUUCAAUGGUGCGAACAGCUGUUUGGUUUGAUUUAAAUAAGUAAAAGUUUGAUGUACAUUUUAGUUAGUUGUUAUUUAAUCUCUUGCUUGUGUAUCUAUUUGUUAUGAAUUCCAUUCUUAGCUAAAUUAAUCUCUUUUAAAAUGGCUUAUAUUAUUUUAAUAAACUCAAUCACACCAAUCUAUCUUUAUUCAUCAAGCAAUACACUCAUAAUUACAGGGCUUUGUAAUAUUAUUUGCAGCAAUAUUGUUUGCAUGCCUUGGAUGACAUAUACAUCUUCUAUAUAACAUACUUAGAGGUUACUUGAGUAAGUCAGAGAAAAAACAACUUAUUGGAAUAUAAUUGUUCUGGGUUGAACUUUACAGCCCCAUUUGUACAGAUUUUUGUUCUGUUUAUUAAACCACACACAUAUAAAACAAUAAGAAUUAAUUGGUCUGUACUGUGUGUCUAAGGGAGGGGACAUUGAAUGAACUUAUAGGCCUCUUUUUGCUAACAUAUUCUUACAAUUACAUACUAAGAAUACAUGAUUUUCUUGAGAAUGAUUUUUGUUAAUGUGUUUGUGUUGUUGAUUCUCACAUGAUGUUAAACUAUCUCCCUAAAGACAAUACAUACAUGAGCAUUGUAAAACUACUCUUACACAAUGUAGAAAAUGGUUUUGAACGUUCACAUAACAAUAAUAGCAAAAUUUAGUUUUAAUUGAAAUUGCACAAAUAUUUAUAAAAUUGAGUCUUAAUAUUUUUUCCUAUUGUUUAAUAGUUAUUUGUCAAUAAACAACUCUUUAUCA